CAAUUAGUAAUUUAUGUAUGUAUUGAUGUAGUACACCUGUUGUAUUACAACGAUAAUUAAUUAGUCAGAUUUGUAUAUGAUUUCAAAAAAGAGAGGGAAGAUUGAUAACCACGCCACGUGAAAUAAUGCAUGAAGAAAGCAAACAAGUGGCAACCCUGGCUUAUAAAACCAAACUCCCCUCCCAUUAGUUGACUUCCCUUUCUCCUCCACUUUAAAUUUCCAUCCUCAACCCUUCUUUCUCUCCACUCUCCACCACCCCAAGAGAGAGAAAAUUAAUUAAAAAAAAAAGGAGAGAAAAUAGAACAAACUAAAUUCACAAAAAAUAAAAUCAAAAACACCAUGCAAAAAAUAUGAAACUAUACAACCAAAUAACCCCAAUUUUCCUCCGUUUCUUUACCUUUUCUCUGUUCCUUUCCCUCCCUCUUCUCCUCCUAUUCUCUCUCAAAACCACCAACACCGCAACAAUUACAACUACACCAAAUCCAGGUAUUCGCAUCCGACCCGGAUACACCACCUACGACACUUACAUCAAAAAACAGCUCAACAAAACCCUCAACCCCAAACUCCGCCAUCUUUGGACCACCCGAGAUUGGGACCGUAAGAUCCGAGUUUUCUCGAGUUUCUUCUCUCAAUUAAAGAAUUCUUCACUACUUUCAAACUCAUCCAAGGCGCUUUGUAUUGGCGCGCGAGUCGGCCAAGAAGUCGAGGCGUUACGACGUGUUGGAGUGUCGGAUUCCAUUGGUAUUGACCUCGUGCCGUGUCCGCCUUUGGUCAUUCACGGGGAUUUUCAUAAACAGCCAUUUAAAGAUGAAAGCUUUGAUUUCGAGUUUUCGAAUGUGUUUGAUCACGCGCUUUACCCGCAGAAAUUUGUCCGGGAGAUUGAGCGGACGUUGAAGCCCGGCGGGGUUUGUGUUUUGCACGUCGCGAUUACGACGCGGUCGGAUAAGUAUUCGGCUAAUGAUUUGCUUGGGGUGGAUGCAUUGGUUAAGUUGUUUAAAAGGUCGGAUUUGGUUUGGGUCAAAAAGGUUGAUGGGUUUGGGUUAGAUACCGAGGUUAUUUUUAGAAAAAAAAAAAAAAAAUUGAUUGAUUGAGAUUACGCCAAGUUUUUAACCGAGACCGUUUGGUCAGUUAGUUAUUGGAGAGAAUCCCAAUUCAUGUCGUUACUUGUUAAGUUAUUUUUUGGCAUGAAGAGAUGUCCAUGACAAAGGUAAAAGUCGUUAUUCAGUAAAAAUACACUCGUAUCAGAAAUUAAAUUCCGUCUAUAUUAUUUAUUUCCAUUUAUGCCA